UCUCAAGUUUGUCUCAUUUAUUAUGCGGGACUUUCAAUGUGUAGUUUGUGCAAUGCGCCUGUUUUUAACUGAAUGUAUUUUCGUUCUGUGGUGAAGGUCCUGCCGCGUGAAGUUGAGUUGUUCGCUGUGCUGUCCUGGGCUUUGGCAGCCCUCAUGUCCUCCCCUGAUUCCUCGGCGCUUUCUGCUCUGGGGUCCCUGCCCCUCGGUUCUCUCCUCCAGGCCCGAGCGCCCACUGACUCCCCGGCACUGAGAACAUGCAGACUAUCGGCAGAGGACAGCUUCUGUGAGGGGAGUUCCUGUGAGCUCAAUGAGACGUUCGAAGAGGAUUCUUCCGAGGGCAGGGAGUGGAGGCCCCCGGACUCAGAGCUGAUCAGGAGGAUCCACACCCAGGUGGAGAGCUACCUGUCGGACGAGAGCCUGGCCGAAGACGCCUUCCUCCUGAAACACGUGCGGAGGAACAGGAUGGGCUACGUCAGCAUCAAGCUGCUCACCUCCUUCAAGAAGGUACGAUACUUAACUAGAGACUGGCAGACCACUUUGCACGCUCUCCGCUUCUCCGAGGCCCUGGUGGUCAACGAAGAAGGGACGAAGGUUCGGCGGAGGAAGCCAGUCUCGGAGUCUCUCAUCGGCAUCCCCCCCAGCAAGCUGCUGCUGGCCUGGAACCUGCCAGGCGAGCCCCAGGCUCCGGGGAGCUCGCCAGACCCAGGCCAGCGCAACUUGAUGGAGACGGCGAUGGGAGUCUUCGGGGCUCACGGCACCAUCAGCUCCCUGCGCAUCCUCCGGCCCGGCAAAGAACUGCCUUCUGAGCUCAAGAGGCACGCCUUCAAGUACCCGGAGCUGAGCAGCAAGGUCUGUGCCCUGGUGGAGUACGAGUUCCUCGAUGGAUCCCGGAAGGCUUAUGAAGGGCUGAGGGCCCAGCAGUGCGUGGCCGGCAGGGAAGGCAUAAAGGUGGUCCUCCUGGGAGGCCGGGGCAUCAGGAAGAAGAACUACGUCCUGGACCCCGAGGAGUCUGAAGAUCUGGACGAGACCAGCGAGAGCAAGCCCCCCAAGAAGCCCACCCGCAAGUCCAAGCGCUUCCCCUAUGCCCUGGAGGACUCCUCGCUGUACAGCUCCUCAGAGUCAGAUUUUGCCCCUGCCUCGCCCGUCCCAGUCCGCAGGGUCGCCCGCCCCCAGGCUCUCUACGGCAGCCCCCUCGCGAGCCCCAGGGUGGCACCCGCCUUCCGGCCAAAUUCCUUCAGCAGCCCCCUGGCCGCCGACUCUCUUGGCAGCCCCGUUCUCCCGCGCAAGCUGUUCGCCAGCGGGCACUGCCCCUCCCCCCUGGCUGCUCCCGAGCUCAGCAGCCCCUCACUAGUGUCCGGAUCGAGUCCUGAAGGCUCCCGGAGGUCGGUGGACGUCUCCUCGGACAGCGGGAUCCUGAUGGGCAGCCCCUGGGUUCAGCGGCGUAAAAUGGCAGCUGCCCAAGCCUUCGUUUCGGAGAAGGUGGUUCUGGUGUCCAGCCUGGGGAAGAAAGCUGUGGAGUCGACUGUGCCGUCCUCGGCGCUGAUCCGCCAGCCACGUGGCCCUGACGGCACCAAAGGCUUCUUUAACUGCAUCGGCCGGGGAAAACUGAUGCUGAGACAUUAAGGCUGUGUUUAUACUAAAAAGGAAUCCAGUUUGUCCACGAGUCGAACUCCAGUUUACACAUUUCAAGUUGCGGGAUAUUUUUUCCCCCACAUGGGGGUGGAAAAAUUAUGUUUGCACUAAGGUCCAAAGUUGUCAGGUUAUCUCCAUAUAAAUCUGUUUUAAUAAAAUUAUUUAUAGCUGCAUAGGGAUUAAUUAUAGUGGUCACUAUAUAAAUUGGUGUUCCUCCUGUAGAGGUUUGACUGCAAUCUAUGAAAGCUCAUUAUUGUUUGGGUAGCACUUGCUAAGGGACUUGUUUUCCUGGACUAGGAUCGCAUAGGAGGAGUGGUGAUGUUUCUUUAUCGUUUUUUGUUUUUUUGUUUUUUUUCUCCCCAGUACAUUUUUAUCCAAAAAGUUUAGUACUUGUUCUAGCCAAUGCUGUUAGUGUUGUGUGUCUGUCCUGGUUUGAAAAAAUAUACCUUUGUUCUAAAUUGCAAUAUAUAUGCCUACAAGAGCAAAGUGUUUUUUUGUAGUAAAUUGUGUUGUGCAUUUUUGUAACUUUGACUUCCUACAUGCUUCAUGAUGAAUAAAUAAAGAUGUACAAGUAAUAUUUUUGUGUACUCUGGGUAUAAUGUAGCAAGAACAGAAAACUAGA